AUGUCUCCGUCGUGUGGCCGCGACGCACAGUGCCCCCCGUUCCCGCGAGCUGUCAGGGGCCUAGCGCCCUCGCCGACGACAUCCAUUUCAUUACAGCAACUGCCCGAGGAUCUCAAGGGGUUGUGGACCGUCGUGAGACCCCUCCCUCCAUUGCACCACUCGACUCCUAUCGCGCCGCUGCUCACCGCGACACCGACCACAGAGUCCACGAUCGACUCGAGUACGGCAUCCGCUGCGCCCUCCAGCUCUACGAAGUCAGUAUCGCCAUCCCGGUUAACUAGUCAGACUCUUUCUCUCCCGAUCCCCAGUAGCAGCGCUGCUCCACAGCCGCUGCCCGUGCGCUCGACGCCGGCGACACACAUUCAUUCCAUCCUUGCAUCGCCAACCAUUGCGUCCAAUCUCUCGCCCGCGGCAUCGGCGUCAGCCGCGCCAUUAGACGAUGCCUCCUUCGUCUUCUCGCCCUUCUCGCCCUUUAACACCUGCGCGUCAAGCACGAUCAGGUGGACAUACUCGGGGCCUGACGAGGCCGUUUUGUUCUUCAUCUCCACCACCAGCACGCCGAGUUUGCAACUAGAUACACCGGACUUCGAGCCCGUGCCGGGCGGAGUCGUAGAGGCGGCGCUCGGGAGCUUCACUUGGGAGCCUGUGGACUUUGAGCCUGGGUGGUACGUCUUAGUCGCUACCGGCGAAGCUUUCGAAACGCAGUCUAUCCCCUUCUUUAUCGGUGCAUGCGAUACGACGCAGCCCGUACUGCCAAGUUCUACGCCCACGCUGUCAUGGUCCAGCCUGCUCCCCAGCGACAUAACACUUCCGACGACGACAUCCAACACAUCGCUCACCACCCCGUCCACUUCGCCGCAGGCUCUCUCCUCCAGCUCGCAAAGCCAGGGGAACAAGCAUGCGGCGGUAGUGGCAGGGGGUAUCAUCAUCGCCGUCACCGUGCUCAUUCUCACCAUCGUGACACUCGUCUGCUUCCGCACCGCUCUCUGUCGAAGAUCACGCACCGCUAUCUCCCUCCCGCGCGACAAGAGGCCGUAUCCGUCCGCGCGCUGGCUCGGUCUCUCGUCCAGCCACAGCAGCCUGCAGCAGCCGCACGAGGACCCCGCGCCGCCCGUGCGCGAGAGUGUCAAGUCGCCGCCGCGUCUCAGCGCGAUUGAGAUGCCGCGCUCGGCGCUCCCGCGCCUGGAGCCCAAUCGGCGCCAGCCGUCCAUGUACAUCCCGUCCCCGGUCGCGACGAGCACGUUCCAGCCGUCCCCCCAGUCUUCCAUCGCGAAGCGGGGGGACUCACCGACCUCGCUUGCUAGUCCAUACAAGACGCGGAAGCCGGUGCCGCGCUUGGACCUGGUCGAGGACAUGGAUGGGGCGUCGGCGGUGCGUGGUUUCGCGAGCACGGGCGCGCCGUCCCCGGAGAUCACGUCGCCCGUCCCGUCGUCCGCGACGUCGAAGAUGUACCGCACGCGCGACAGCGGGAUGAGUCUCCGGACGGAGGCCACGUCGGAGAGAGAGGAGGCGUGGAGGGCAAGGGCGUCGAGCAUCAUUGACCCACACCAGUUCGGGGCCAUGAAGACGAUGCAUUCGGUAGUACCGGACGUUCCUCCGCUUCCACAGAAGUAUUGA